CAGCAUACCAAGAGAAAGGAAACGCAGCGAUGAUCUACGUGGACUAUAAGAACAUCACCGGUGUUGUAAAGCCUGGGAACAGGAUCUUUAUUGAUGAUGGACUCAUCUCGAUUAUCUGUGAAUCAUCUACUGCUGAUACUCUCGUCUGCACCAUUGAAAAUGGAGGUAUGCUUGGAUCUAGAAAGGGUGUGAACCUGCCCGGUCUACCUGUCGACUUGCCCGCUGUGUCUGAAAAAGAUAAGUCUGAUCUCCUCUUCGGUGUGGAACAGGGUGUGGAUAUGAUCUUUGCGUCGUUCAUCCGCAACGGCGCCGCGCUGACGGAGAUCCGCGGCAUCCUCGGGGAGAAGGGCAAGAACAUCAAGAUUAUCUCCAAGAUUGAGAACCACCAGGGCAUGGUUAACCUCGACGAGAUCAUUGCAGCAUCUGACGGUAUUAUGGUUGCCCGUGGAGAUCUUGGCAUAGAAAUCCCUCCGGAGAAAGUGUUCCUCGCACAGAAAACUAUGAUCGCUCGUUGUAACCAAGUCGAAUAUUGCUUGUUUCCACUUUACAAAUGCAAAAGUAAUUGUAAUUGUAUUAUUUCAGAGUCCGUGGCUAGCGACUGGCUGAAGGACGUGGACCUGCGCGUGCAGCGCGGGCUGCAGUUCGGGCGGCAGCGCGGCUUCAUCCGCCGCGGGGACCAGGUUAUAGUGGUCACCGGCUGGAGACAGGGCUCCGGGUAUACUAACACCAUGCGCAUCAUCCCCGUGGUGGAGUAA